AAAAAAACAAAUUAUGAGGGUGAGAGAGAGAGAGAGAGAGAGAGAGAGACGAGAAAGAAACGGGCACUUUUAGUAUAGGGCCACGGACGCUUUCAGCCCUCAUUCAAUGCUUUACCGAACUCACCACCCCUUUUUCUUCCAUUUCCACCCCUUUACUCGUUCUUCUUCUUCAUUCCCUUCUUCUUCUUCUUCUUAUUCUUCUUCUUCUCCUUCUUCCUCUAAACCCUCCACCACUCCUUCUCCUCUCUCUACGCAGGUUGAAACGGAAAUGGAAUGCGUUGAAGCGGCUUUGAAGACAAGUUUUAGGAAGGAGAUGGGCGUGAGACAGAGCCCACACGUGGUUUUUGACGAUUUGUUGGACGUGAACGUGCAAAAUGUCGUCGACUUCUCCGUCGACGACCUCCUUAACUUUUCCGACGACGACGGUUUCGUUGUCGUCGAGGAACAAGACCAAGACGGCGACAAAGACUUAUCUUCCCCUUCGCAAGAACAAAACCAACCGGCAGAGGAAGAAGCCAUAAACGACAACAACAACCCAAGUACCAGUUUGUUUGUGUCGUCCGUACCCACCACCGAACUCACCCUUCCGGCGGAGGAGUUGGAGAACCUGGAAUGGCUAUCCCAUUUCGUCGAGGAAUCCUUCUCGGAAUUCUCGACCUCGUACCUCGCCGGAGUUUCGGCGGAGAAGCCGCCCGAGGACGAAACCUUUCUUCCUGAACCGAAACGUUUCGCUCCGGAGAAACCCUGUUUCACCACUCCCAUUCCGGCCAAGGCCAGAAGCAAGCGGCCUCGGACCGGCGGUCGGGUCUGGUCCCUCGGUUCGCCGUCCUUCAUCGAGUCGUCCUCGAGCUCGACGACCUCCUCGUCGUCUUCCUCGUCUCCGACGAGCCCUUGGCUCAUAUACGCGACGCAUAGCCACGAACCGGCCUGUUCAGUGCAAAAACCGGCUCCAAAGAAGGCGAAGAAGAGACAGGCGGUCGAGUCUUUCGGCUCCGGUUCCGGUCCGGCUUCCGCCCAACCGCCCCGCCGGUGCAGCCACUGCGGCGUUCAGAAGACCCCGCAGUGGCGAACCGGGCCUCUCGGGGCCAAGACGCUUUGCAACGCUUGUGGGGUCCGGUUCAAGUCUGGUCGGCUUUUGCCCGAGUACCGGCCCGCUUGUAGCCCGACUUUCUCGAGCGAUUUGCACUCGAACCACCACCGGAAAGUGCUUGAAAUGCGGCGGAAGAAGGAAAGCGUGACUCUGCCACCUGAGUCCGUUUUGGGCCCUUCGGUCGUGUCAAGUUUUUGAAGAAUUAAUUAUUAUUAGAAUUAGCCAAAAAAAAAAAAAACUUUAGUCUAGUAGUUGUAAUUUAGAAAAAUAGGGAAUGAGAGAGAAAAGAGAGAUACGGGAAUGAACCCGGUUCGAACCGGUUUGAGUUAGUGUACAUUCUUUUUCCACGGUGGGUGGGGUAGGUUUCCUAGGCGUGUAACUGAUUAGGAAGACUCAUAUGUACUUUUUUUUCCCUCUAAUUUAUUUUUUUUUUACUUUA